AUGCCACGUCUUCGUGGAAGAGCAAGAAAUAUUGGUCGACGUACUCAGCACGCGCAAUUAGUUCAUGAUCAUCGAUUGAAUAGAACAGUAGAAGAACAUUCUAUGGAUAAUGUAAAUUUAAGAGAUCGAGCUGCAUGUACACGUGCAAAUGAAAAUUUAGAGCAACGUGCUCAACGUCUUCGUGCUAAUACAUUAAGACAACGAGAGGCACGUCAACGAGCGACCAACGCACAUAGAGAACGUAACCAACAGCGAGUACAAGAUAAUCGAGCAUUGGCACGAGCAUCACUUAAUCGUCUCGCGUUUGAAUAUGAUCCUGAAAUAGAUUAUUCAUCACAUGCAUUGAUCACGAUUGGUAGUAUGGACAAAGAGUGUCAACAUUGUCAUGCUUUCAAGUACAAAGGUGAAUCAGCUGGUUUAUGUUGCGCAUCUGGAAAAAUAUCACUGCCACCGCUAAAACCACCACCAGAACCUUUAAAAACGCUUUUAGCUGGAAUCACAUCUCAAUCGAAAUUAUUUUUACGGAAAAUUCGUAAAUUAAAUUCAUGCUUCCAAAUGACAUCAUUUGCAGCAACAAAAAUUAUUCAUAAUGAAGAUGGCCGUAAUUUUGAAUCCACAUUCAAAAUUCAAGGCCAAGUAUAUCACCAAAUUGGUUCGUUACUUCCAAUGCCUGAUGCCGAUCCAAAAUUUUUACAAAUUUAUUUUAUGGGGAAUGAAGAGCAACAAUCACAUACACGCUGCGUUUACAACCAUAUAGAACAGAUGGAGGAACGAGAAAUUGUGGACAUUUUGGAAAGGUUUUUGCAAAACCAUAACCAAUUAGUACAAUUGUUCAAGACUCUUUCUAACAGACUGCAAAACGAUAACUAUGUCAUUGUUAUUAAAGCAGACAAAGUACCCUAUGGAGAGCACGCAGGCACAUAUAAUGUUCCAACCAUUAAUGAAGUGGCAGUUGUUAUGGCUGGUGACCCAUGUGAACGUAGAGACAUUCGCAUACAACGCAGAGAUAAUACGAUGCAAAUAAUUCAAGACAAUCAUCGUUCUUACGAUGCUUUGCAGUAUCCGUUAAUAUUUUGGGAAGGAGAAGACGGAUAUCAUUUAAAUAUUAAACAACGGAAUCCAACUACAGGUGAAGAACUGACCAAGAAAGUUAGUGCCAUGAAUUUCUACGCAUAUCGGUUAAUGAUUCGUGCUAAUGAAGAUAAUAAUAUUCUCCGCUGUAGACAGCUAUUUCAUCAGUACAUCGUCGAUAUGUAUGUAAAAAUUGAAAGUGAAAGAUUAAGGUAUAUAAAAUUCAAUCAAGCAAAACUUCGAGCUGAAGAGUAUAUUCAUUUGCGUGAUGCAGUAAUCGGUAAUGUAGAUGCAACAAACGUCAUUAACAACAUCGGUACCACAUAUAUUCUCCCAUCAUCAUAUAUUGGUAGUCCACGUCAUAUGCAAGAAUAUAUUCAAGACGCUAUGACAUACGUACGUGCAUACGGUCGACCAGAUCUUUUUAUCACAUUUACAUGUAAUCCAAAUUGGGAUGAAAUCAAAAACUUGCUGUUGUCAGGUCAAACAUCGAUGCAUCGCCACGAUAUCACUGCGCGUGUCUUUAAACAAAAAUUAAAAUCUUUGAUGAAUUUGAUCACACAUUACUCGGUUUUUGGUGAAACACGUUGUUGGCUUUACUCUGUUGAGUGGCAAAAACGAGGUUUACCUCAUGCGCAUAUUUUGAUUUGGUUGGUGGAUAAAGUACGCCCAGAAGAAAUUGACAAAAUUAUUUCAGCGGAAAUUCCAGAUCCGAAUGUUGAUCAAGAACUGUUUAACAUUGUUACUACUAAUAUGAUUCAUGGUCCAUGCGGUACUCUAAACAUGAUGUCACCAUGCAUGAAUGAUGGAAAAUGUACGAAACGUUUUCCAAAACCAUGUCAAACUGAUACUAUCACCAAUAUUGACGGUUAUCCAUCUUACCGGCGCAGAGACGUAGAUAAUGGCGGUCAAUCGUAUGAAUUGCGACUGUCAAACGGUGUAAGAGUAGAUAUUGAUAAUCGGUGGGUGGUUCCAUAUUCGCCAUUACUAUGCAAAACCUAUAAAGCGCACAUAAACGUUGAACUGUGCAGUUCGGUGAAAUCUAUCAAAUACAUUUGUAAGUACGUUCACAAGGGCAGUGAUAAAGCUAUAUUUGCUGUUCAAAAUGUAAAUGACAAUGACGAAAUAACACGUUAUCAAAUGGGUCGAUACAUAAGUAGCAAUGAAGCUGUCUGGCGCAUUUUUACGUUUCCUAUACAUGAAAGGGAUCCUGCAGUUAUACAUUUGGCUGUGCAUCUUGAAAACGGACAGCGUGUUUAUUUUACAGAACAGACUGCACUACAACAAGCAUUAACGGCUCCAAAAACAACUCUUACUGAAUUUUUCAAUCUUUGUAAUCGACAAGAUGUUGUUGGUCAAUUCGCAAAAACAUUAAUGUAUACUGAUGUUCCUAAAUUUUUUACAUGGAAUAAGCAAUCGAAAAAUUGGGAACCACGAAAACGAGGGAUUCCAGUCACAGGAUUCGCCGACAUAUUUAUGACAAAUACUUUAGGUCGACUAUAUACAGUUCAUCCUAAGCAACGCGAAUGUUUUUUUUUGCGUUUGUUAUUGGUUAAUGUUCUUGGACCGACAUCCUUCCAAUAUUUACGAAAAGUCAAUGGUAUUUUAUACGACACUUUCUUCGAUGCGUGUCGUGAGUUACAUUUAUUGGAGGAUGAUAACCAUUGGGAUCUCACACUUGCAGAUGCAGCACUGAGCUCAUCUCCACAACAAAUUCGUCAAUUAUUUUCAAUAAUAUUAACAACGUGUUUUCCGUCUGAAGCAUCUGCUCUCUGGAACAAAUAUAAAGACUCAAUGAGUGAAGAUAUUUUGCAUCGGAUUAGAAUUACUAAUCAAAAUCCUGAUAUUCAAUUCUCCGCAGAAAUAUACAAUGAGGCUUUAAUUAUGAUUGAGGAUAUUUGUAUUCUUAUUUCAAACAUGCCACUCAUCCAUUUUGGCAUGCCGGCGCCGAACCGCCCAGCAGUAGAUAUCAUCAACAGUGAUGUUCAACGUGAACACCAGUUUGAUAAGACUUCGUUGGCUACUUUUGUUGCUAAUAAUGAACAAUUGCUUACAGCUGAACAACGAAAUGUAUAUGAUCAAAUUAACGUAUCAAUUGCAGCACAACAAGGUGGAUUCUUUUUUUUGGAUGCACCAGGUGGCACUGGUAAAACCUUUCUCAUCUCACUGAUACUUGCGCGCAUUCGAUCACAAAAUCAUAUUGCAUUGGCCAUUGCUUCAUCAGGCAUUGCAGCGACGUUACUUGAUGGUGGACGGACUGCGCAUUCAGCACUUAAGUUACCUUUGAAUGUUCAUACAAAUCCCGAAGCAAUGUGUAACAUAAAGAAGCAUUCCGGCAUGGCUGAAGUUUUGAGAAAAUGCAAAAUUAUUAUUUGGGAUGAAUGUACAAUGGCCCACAAGCAUUCGCUUGAUGCUCUCGACAGGUCCCUGAAGGAUAUCAAAGAUAAUACUAGGCUUUUCGGUGGUGCUCUACUGCUACUGUCUGGUGAUUUCAGGCAAACAUUGCCAGUAAUUCCACGUGCGACAUAUGCAGACGAAGUAAACGCAUGUUUGAAGGAAUCUUAUCUAUGGCGGAGUGUCAGUAAAUUGAGCCUUACUAUCAAUAUGCGCGUUCAACUACAAAAUGAUCCAUUAGCGUCAGGAUUCUCUGAACAAUUGUUAGACAUUGGCAACGGUAAAAUUCAACUGUAUGAAGAUACCCAAUUUAUUAAAUUUCCAGAGAACUUUUGCAACAUGGUGGCUACCAAAGAUGAAUUAAUAAAUAGUAUCUUUCCAGAUUUAAGAUAUAACUAUACUAAUCAUGAAUGGCUACGAGAGCGAGCUAUUUUAGCUGCAAAAAAUUUAGAUGUAGACGCCAUCAAUUUUAAAAUACAACAGUCAUUGCCUGGUAAUGAAAUUACAUUUAAAUCAAUUGACACCGUUGUUGAUCCUGACGAAGUGGUCAACUAUCCAGUAGAAUUUUUGAAUUCUUUAGAUUUACCUGGAAUGCCACCACAUAAUUUGCGACUGAAGAUUGGCUCACCUAUAAUUUUGCUUCGUAAUUUAAAUGCCCCGAGAUUGUGUAAUGGCACGCGAUUAGUUAUAAAAAAAAUCAUGGGCAACAUUAUUGAAGCGAAUAUUUUAUCUGGAAAAUUCCAAGGUGAAAUUGUACUUUUACCGCGGAUCCCAAUGAUUCCUUCAGAUUCACCUAUACCAUUUAAACGCUUACAAUUUCCGAUCCGUUUGGCAUAUGCUAUGACUAUUAAUAAGUCACAAGGUCAAACGAUGACAUUUUGUGGCUUAGAUUUAGAAAAUCCGUGUUUUUCUCACGGCCAAUUGUACGUUGCGUGUUCCAGAGUUGGAAAACCAUCGAGUUUGUUUGUUUAUACUCCUCAUGGACUAACUAAAAAUAUUGUACAUCCAAUGGCAUUACGAUAA